AUGGCUCUUAUCCUGAACCUCUUGAGGGCGGAGCCAUGUGUCUUCAACGCCAUCCUUGAGAAGCUUAACUUUGUAGACCUCAUGAACUUUAUGGUCUCAACCCCCGCGACGGCAUCCUACAUCUUCGGAUGGGGGGCCAAAGUGCUGAUAUCGAGGUCUAACGCCAACGCCUGGCCGGGCCACGUCGACUUCCAAGACGGCCAGCAGGUCACACGCUGGCACGAGGUCCAGUGGGCCCGAAACAACGCCGCAGGCGCACCCAUCCCCAACCCGAUUCCAGCUCUCCCGCGACCCCUACCCGCGCAAAUUGUGAUGACCAACCUUAACAGCGUGAAUCGGCCGAUCGAGUGGCUGAUUCGACAUGGCCACUAUAAUAUCCUGACCGAUCUACAUACAAACGGCCUCUGGGACCCACUGGGCUACGAGUACAAUGGAGAGAGCUACCUCGCGCAUGCCGUGUAUCACAGUGACCGCCCACUCCGCAUCGCAGACCUGAUCAUCUCCCUAGCGACGAACAAUGCCGAUUGGCGGUACGCUAUCAAACCGUACGAGGUCAACGAUGUCAGAGGGAACGGAACCGGGGCGACUAACCUCGCCUUGCCAUUGUCGCUCCAGCUCAAACCGCAUGGUUACGAGCUGUGGCGGCGGUACUGGAACGCUGUUACCGGACCAAACAUCAACGCCGCCACGGCAAUACCUCAGCGCUACCGGGGUGAACUGGCUGAGCUCAUAGACCGCGCCAUGGCCGAGUCGCUGAGGGACAACCCCGGCGGUGGUUUGAAUCUCGCGUUCUUUAACGGGGCCACCACGACGGUCUGGCACUUCGCAGGGGCGAACUAUAAUAUGGACUUCACCGAGUUCCUUCACUAUCAUACGCCGGGCAGCAUCGACCAGGUCGAAACCAUUGCUGGAUUGACGCCCGUCGAGCAUUGCUACAACUUUGACUCCGACAAUGUGGCUUUUAUUCCUCAGCUUCUGCGCUUGGGCGCGGAUCCGGGCACCAUCCCGGUCCCCGAGGUAUACCUUCGGGACCUCCCCAACCCACGCGAUAAAUUCCUGCAUAGGGUCCUGGAUGACAUCCCCAAUCCGACCACGCCUGCAAAGAUUUCUGACAUUGUGCCCCCGUAUGUAGGCGAGGGAGGAAGUCUGCUGCAUUAUAUCAUUGUGGGGCUGGAAAUCAAGUUAUAUGCCCUGUCAAGAAACGACCGGUUCACAGCUGCGCAGAAGAGGACUCGUCGGCGCACGCUGAUAAAGCGUGCGCAGCGGUUGAUUGCCCUUGUGAGGAAGGGGAAUUCGAACGGGGCGCCAAAUCCUGCGACGCUUGAUAGACACAAUCGAACGGCGUUGCAGCUGGCUCAGAGCCAUGGGUACCACGAGCUUUAUUAUGCGUUGGAGGUCAACCCGGCCGGUCUGGCGAGGAGACAUCGGUAUAACUUGCGGUAG